GCGUCCUCUUGUCAGCCGCCUGCGGAUAAGAUAUAGGAGCCGCGCGAGCGGGGGUGUGCGGCCGAGAGGCGACAGCACUCGGCAAGCAUGGCUCCGGCAGCGCUGGCCGCCUCCGUCUCCCCCGCGGCAGCGGCGCUCGCACCCGGCGGCGGCGUCCGCCCGGCCAGGAUAGCCUCCCUGGCUACUCGCAAUUCCACCAAAACUGUAUUGCCACCGAAAAACGACCUGCUCAGAUCGGCGAGGCAGAGGAGGCGCCUGGCGGCACGGAGCAGCACCUCGUCGCCCUCGGAGACGAGCACGGGCGAUUCCCAAUCCCCGAAACAAGAGAAGGCGCCGUUCGGGUACACGAGGAAGGACGUGCUGCUGAUCGGCCUUGGCGUCACGGCCUUCGGCGUCGGGCUCAAGUACGGGCUGGAGCUCGUCGGCGUCGACCCCCUGCAGGCCGGCAACGUGGUGCAGCUGCUGGUGGUGCUCGGGAUGACGGUGGGGUGGAUCUCCACCUACAUGUUCCGGGUGGCCAACAAGGACAUGACCUACGCGCAGCAGCUCAGGGACUACGAGAAGCAAGUCAUGGAGAAACGGCUGGAGAGCUUGUCGGAGGCUGAGCUGCAAGCCCUGCUGGAGCAAGUGGAGGAAGAGAAGCAGCGCCUGCCGCAGAUCCCGGAAGAGCCUAACGCCAUCACCUUCAAGAAGAAAUGAGGAGCACGCCACACUCUGUGCCAAACGGUCAACUGGACACUGUUCUUCUUCGACAUGUUCAUAGCAUAGCUUCAGUAGCUAGCCCCAUCGCUUCGUUAAGAUCUGUACAAUACGCCCGCUAGGCCACUAGUGCUGUCGAACUUGAACCAUUCAUUUUCUGUCGUCGUGGAAGAACAGCAAUAUGCACCAAUAACCAGUAUCCAGUGUUUCAGGAUAUGUACAGAAGAUCGCUGUUGUUACUAUCGCGAUGAUGCAGCCUUA